AUGAUUCGCAGAGCAAGAGGAACCAUUUUCUGGCCAAACAUGCAGAGUGAGAUUAGACAAAUAGCCGACAAUUGUUAUGCAUGUCAGGAGAUGAAACCUAGACCAACGAAAACUCCACUCACCCAACCUGAUGAUGCAACCAAGCCCUGGGAGAAAAUAGGAUUAGAUUUCUUCCAAAUAAAGAAUCAUACUUACCUGGUCAGCAUUGACUAUUAUAGCGACUAUAUUGACAUUGCCUUAAUGCCGACAACAACCUCAGUAAAACUUAUCAAAACUCUGAAGAAGCAAUUCUCUCACUUUGGAAUUCCCAAAAUUAUUGUCACAGAUGGUGGACCCCAGUUUACUUCCAGUGAACUCCAUAAAUUUACCACUGAAUGGAGAAUAAAGCAUGUAACAUCAUCACCAAAUCACCAAAGAGCUAACGGAAAAGCAGAAUCUGCAGUGAAAGUCAUGAAGCAUUUGAUCACAAAGUGUGACAAGGAAGGAACAGACCAAUUUGAAGCUCUGAUGGAACAGGGAAAUACCCCUCGACAAGACACUGGUCUAAGUCCGUGUGAAAUGAUGUAUGGAAGAUCUAUCCGAACAAGACUACCAAAGUUGUUUCAACCCAAUCCGUACAGAAAUCCGAAACGAGAACAACGAAAGAAGUCUGUGAAACGCCAUUAUGACAAAACAGCUCAUGAUAUACCUCAACUCGAGCAGAACCAGAAUUCACAGGACGGUGCAACUUACCGCAGGAAUCGACUACAUAUUAGACCAACAAAGAUAGAAGCAGUGAUCCGUGACAAGUCUCCUGUGCGUUUUGAAAACAAGAGAAGACAAGCUGAAACUUCACAUGAGGAGAAAACCACAACCAGUCAUGAACCGUUCAUCUUGACAGAGAAGAAAUCUCCGCACAAUUCCAACUCCAUUACUCCGACCAACUUACCUUGUGAAAACCGUGACCUCUUGGAGAAUUCCAUGCAAGAAACUCCUGCUGAUGUUGAACCGGAAACUAUCCCAUUGCGUCGAUCUUCACGUAUCCGCAAAGAACCAGAAAAACCCAAAGACUUUGUUCGUUACUGA